AGCUUGUAGACAUUUGCGUGUAACAAGGAACUUGGAUAAUGGCGGCUAAGCGUAAUACUCGUUACAACCGGCUUGCUGCGGAUGAGGAUGAUGAAUAUUAUGGGAGUGGGUCAAGACAUGCUGACCGUCGAUUUGAAUAUUCGCCAAAGUCUCUAGAUCGAGUCCCAUGGAAAUCACUUGCCCUUGCAUUUUUCCUGCUCUCACUUGGAUGCCUUCUUCUCCUGCUCUCACUCUUUAUCCUGACUAGUCAUAUGGCAGGAGAUCAGUCCCAGGCACAUGGUCUAUUAGGACUCGGGAUUUUAACCUUUCUCCCAGGCUUCGAGUUGAUUGUGGUGGACGUUCUAUUCCUUUCUAGUGUUCUUCACUAUUGGGAUGUUCCUGAAUAUUUAUCAACUUAUUGGAUUUGUGGCAAGCUUGCUUUGUUUGAUAUAUCCAGUUAUCUCUGUUUUAAUAGAUUAGCUAGGUUUUUAUGAAACACGCAUUGCGUAUUAUUCUUGGAGAGGUGCUCAAGGUUAUCGAUUUGCUUAUAUUCCCGACUACUGACCGGGUUACUAUGUUUAUAUGACCUUUGGUUUGCUGUACUCAUCUUCUUUACGCAUGUGUAUAUCAAAAUAUGCCAUCAUCGUGCUCCAACUCCCACUUCUCUCGUCCUUUGAACUAAACUUGUUGUACUGCUUCAUGCUUGCUCCCUGGUAGAGUCCUGAUGUAGGCGAAGAAAAUGUGGGUUGGUAUGCUUCCAUGUCGAAUAGCUUUGGCACUUCAAGAUCUGUGACUCUGUGAGAGUUUGUAUGAAAACCGAGUGAUUGGACAAAAUAGUUGAAAGAGAUGGGAUUAGUUGUUGAAAACAUAGAGGAAAGUCACUAAGAAAUGAAUCUUCAACUUCUUGAAGAAAAAUACCCCUUUCAUCCGGACUACUUCCUCUUUCCUUUCAAAAUGAAGUUCUCAUCUUUAUGAAAAGAUUCUUUUUAAAAAGUUAUGAAACUAUUCUUACCUUUUAUCUAUUCUUUUGCUUCAUAUGUUAUUGUAUGAUGCCCCCAGUUCGCCACUAAUCUCUUUAAUUGAGACUCCUUUAACUGUACACAUUCAAACAACAGAAAAAUCCAUCCCAUUACCUUCUCCUUUGAAUCAGUCGGUUUCUCUCCUAUGUCAGCUUUUAAUGAAAAUAUUGUAACAAAUACGUAUCAGAAUAUGCAAUAAGUGCACUUGUAGAGCACAUAAGUACAUAACAGUACAUAAUAACAUGUGCAGAAGUUCAAAAAAUAGCAAACUUUUUUUACACUUAAGAGUGCACUUCUAUUCAUUAUCUAUCCACUUUAUAUUAUAUGUACAUUUGC